UGAAGGGCAGAAACCAAAGAGAUGAGAGGAGAAAGGACAGGCCAGGGCUGGGAGGCCAGGAUUCCUGUAGACAAAGGAACAGGUGAUGGACACAGCCUCCCUCUCGAGACAAAGUUCCUGGCCAGGAGCUCCAGGCAGCCAGCAAAGGGAGAGGACAGUGUGGGUAAAACCAAAGGAGAUGGCACACACAGUGCCACCGGCAUUCUGGGUGUGGCAGAAAUCUGCCAGAACGGGGGAACUCCCAAUGGCACCGAGUGUAUUGGCCGACAGGGCUGGACAGGCUCGAGCUGUGAGUGCUUCGACCUCACGACGGUCUGCCAGAAGGGAGGAAUGGCCAUUGGACGCAUCUGCUUCUGUCCCCCGGGCUACAGUGGGGAGUGCUGUGAUUGCAGGGACAGCUGCCAGGCCUGCCAGAAUGGGGGAACGCCUGUGGGAAUGGAAUGCACCUGCCCCCCAGGAUACGGGGGGCCACAAUGUGAAUAUUGUAACCCUGACACCCGCAAAAACACACACACCCGGACUAGAAGCAAUAGCAUCACCUUCACUACAGCCUCCACCCCCACAAUCAAAACACCCACCUCCUCCAAGUACACUCACAUCUUGCACUUGAGAGUCUUGGACUCCACUCGCACCAAAAUUAACACUAGCUCCUCCAAUUCCAACCACACCAGCAGAGACAACUCCUCCACCUCCACCCACAUGGUAACAACCAAAACUUCCUCCACCUCCAAUGGUACAACCACCAUCCUCUCCACAUCUACCCCGACCACCACAGCCACCACCUCCCCGACAUCCUCCCCAACCAGCUCAGCCACCACCUCCCGCAUUUCCACAGAUAAAAUUACGGCUCCCCAGACCUCCACCCCCACCAGCACAGCUACGACUUCCUCCAGCCACAGCCCCACCAACUAG